AUGUCAUGCCAUUUACACAUUCGGCGCUGCUGGUGGCGUUUUCCGUUAUCUAGAUAUGAACCGUCUGGCGUUAAUAUAAAGCAUGAGGUGCCGUGCUGCCUUGGCUCCCAUCUAUUGGGUGAAUAUCGCAAUGUCUCGUUAUGUGCUCAACGACGGACAUCUUUACACGGAUACCGCCAGCCAGCCGUGAGGAAUCUGUCUACACAGAGUCAACGAUCGCCAGUGACGCAGGAUUCCAGCUCUCCAACGGACGAUAGAGUUGAUGGAAAGUGGUCUGCCUACGAGGAACGUAUUGCACGGUGCGCAUCGGAAGCCGCAAUCGAGUACGUACGCCGCCACAAACUAACUCCAACUCACAUUCCUGGUGGCGGUUCGCGUUGGACUCCGGUGGCACUGGUGCUAUUGCUGAUAAGCGCUGGCGUGGCGACGGUGGUUUACGUGGAGAGCGUCCGGUCGUCACUUCUGGACGCUACCGGAAACGCAGCUGGUGUUCUGCUGCACAACAAGGCGUUCCACGAUCAGUCCAUAGCCUUCCUGCGGCGGUUGGCGGAAGACUUCCUGAACAGCGCCGAGACGGAGGAGCUGGUGAAGCGUAAAGUGGAGCAGCUGUUGUUGAGCUCUGGUGAAGUUCUGCGGGACGCUGUGAUCCGUGUGUUGCAAGAGGAUGACGUUGCAGAAACAGCGUACGCCUUCAGCCGCCAGAUCGCGGGAGGCCUGUGCAAGGACAAUGAGGUAAUUGAAGACGUGGGUCAGCUGUUACUGGACGCCAUCAACACAAAGACGGCCGUGGACGGCGCCGCGAAAUGGUUCGUCGAUAUCGCAGCACGCGAUGACACUGCGGAGGCCGUCGAGCGUCUGCUGUGCGAGCGUGUCUUCGCCAACGCCAAUGUGCAUGCAGAGGCGCUCAACUUCUGCAAGGGCGUGACAUCGCAGUUCCUGAGCGCGGAGUCUACGAAGCGCGAGUCGGUCGCGUUCAUCAAGUCCGUGCUGGACCGCCCAUCGCUUCAUGCCCACCUGUCGCACGCGCUCAUCGAGGUGCUGAAGCAGAGCUUCUACCCGCGCUGGUUUGUGGGGCAGGGGAAUUUCCAGUUAAAACGCUUUGACAGUGGCGUCGAAGGUGACGGAGUCUCGUCACCUAAGGAAUCGAUGCCUCGCUUUAUAUAG